AUGAGUAUACUCGAGCUCACCAACCCCAAACCAAUCACCUCUGGCACGUACCAGGGCGUCGUGGAACUUCGCGGACGUGAGUCGUUCGGCCUCUGGAAGAAAUCAAUCGAGCGCCAUCUCCGUUCCAAAGGUCGGGCUGCGCCGUGUUUGUUUGGUUCCUGGGAGGAACCCUUCCGCCAGAAGGACCGUCCCAAGCCCAAGGGCCAGCACGCCGGUGAUGUGCCCCACACCGGACUCGAUGUCGACCUCGACAACACCUCCGACCCCUUGGCCAACGUGAUCCGCGUGUCCGAGCGUACCCGCUUGACACGUGACCAGGAGAAGAGUUGGAACGAGUGGGCUCUUGCGGAGAACGCAGCCCGUGCUGCGGUCCUCUCAACCGUGUCGCCAGCCAUCUGCGGACGUCUUGAAGACAUGUGGUCGUCCCACGACAUGCUCAAGUGGCUCAAGAACAUCUACAAGCCCAAGAUCGACGAGGACUACCACCUGCUGGAAGCUCGAUUCCGUGGCCUCUACAUGCCUGACAACCCGACGAUCGAGGACAUGCGCCUCUAUCUCGACGAGUUUACCAUCAUCCUCAAUGACGCAACGGAGAUGAACGUGUCGUACGAGGACCACGCCAAGAAGUCUCUCUUCAAACACGGCCUCAGCGAUGACCUCCACGAAAUGAUGUACUUCGAGGAGACCCAUGGACGCCGCGCCGACCCCAAUGGCCCCCUGACCUGGGACGAGUUCCUCAACGCCUACAACGAGAUCGUCAACGCGGUCGUCAGCAGGAAGACCCACCAGGCCAUCUCCCUGUCGCACACCCCGACCACGGCUAAGUCCAAUAAGCCGAACUCGUACCGAGGAAGGACACCCCUGGCCGAGGUCCGCAGCAUCCAGGGUCGCAACAACAUGGGCUCAUCUCACCGCAACGACCGACGUUCGGACGACACCCACCACAAGAAGCAUGACCACGGCAACGGCCACGGUCACGGUCAGAACCACGGAGACGCGGUGGCCACCUGCGACCACUGUGGUCGCAAGGGCCACACUAAGCCCAUCUGUGACCAGUAUCUCGCGGGCGAACCGUCCAAGAAGGAGAAGAACAAACAACUCAUGGACGAAUUCAUCCAGUGGAGGAGGAACAGGAACAAGAACCAAAAGGGUCCCAAGCCUGUCGACAGCGUCGCCCACGUCACCCGCCACGAGGAGACCGUGGGGGAGGAAGGCCAACUCAUUGACGACUCUCUCGAUGACGACCUUCAGCAGACGCUCAACCUGGUCCUCCAGGACGAGCAACUCGACGUGAAUGCUCUUCACCAGGUCGUGGACGACCCCUACGCGAAUAUCAGCGACUUCGAGGACGACGACCUUGUCGAGCAGCCGGUUUUUUACUUAAACCGGGCGAACCCGCGCCAGUGA